UAAAGAAUGGGCUGGACUAUUGGGAAAUGCUGCUGCUGCGAACUUAAAUGGGGAGCUCUUAUUGUGGCCAUUGUAGAUAUGAUUAUGUCGGCUGCAGUUAUUUUGGAAACAAAAUACCUCGCCUACUAUCAAAGCUGGUUAAACUUUGUUAAACUUGAAGAACAUGAUCAUAUGGGGACGCUUGAAAUCGAUUACGACGCUCCCUCCUAUUAUGUGUGGAUGGUCACCCUCGUUAUCCACUUCGCCCAUUUAGUCGCCUGCGUUCUUGUGAUAGUUUCUGUUUGGAUGCAAAUCAAAAAAUUUGUUCUUGCGUAUCUUACAAUCGGCAUAGUUCGCAUAACUUAUGAUCUCAUGUUUUUUAUUUAUGUUUGUGUAGAAGUUGGGGCUAUGGCUGUGACCCUGUUGCUUAUCUUUGCUGGCUUCGGUGUUGCGAUCUUCUUCUGGUUCGUCGCCUACUCAUGGUUCAAGAUGCUUGGAAGUUCAACUCGAGUCGAUUAGCAGACUAAGUACAUGCUUUGAAUGGCAUUGUUAAAUGCGACAUACAAAUUGGUAGCCAAAAUCGCUGAUAUUGUAGCACUAAUUUGAAAGCAAAAUUUGACGUUUUCGAAAUAAAUUCCAAGUUAAAAUGUAAAA